AUGGCAACCCUCGGCUUCCAUGAUCCAGGAUGGCACGGCGAGCUUAGAACUCCUGUGGUUGAUGGAAAAUACAUUCACCCAAAGUCGGGCGAGCUCCGGGAUAUCAAAGAUGAUGAUAGCCCAGGGUAUUAUUGUGGGCCUCCUGCUGUCGACAUUGUGAUUCAGAACGUCGCUGCGAAGGGGACUUUUCGUAAGGCACAAGCAUUUCCCAUGGAGGGUCUUUUAUCUGUUAUAAUGGGUGUCGUUCGGGAGAAGAAUUUGAGUCUCGACUCAAUUAUGGCAACAUCGUAUACGAUCCGGGUGAUUCUAAGCCAUGAGAUGACCGAUGAGCAGUAUAAAGAGGUUGCAAUGAGAAUGAUAUAUGGUAUUAGCGACGAGAAGGAAUGA